UGUUUUAUAUUUUGUAUUGGGAUUUGUGUUAGUUAAAUUAUUCCUAUGUACCGGCUAUAGUAAACAAAAAUACCGUUUUACGUUACGGAAAUGUUUUAAAUUUUACAGAAUAUGGAGAAAAUAAUAUAGGUUUAGCUAAAUAGUACUUUCUUUAUUAAAUGUUUGGUGGUUUAAAUUUGAUUUAGGAACUCUAUUCAACGAUAAAGAUUGCUGUCUACUUGGAGCCAUUGCUACAUUUCAACUUGGAGAUUGAGCUUUAGCAGAGUGUGGUCCAUAUCCAAGAUUAAAUAUUACUCAUCAAAGAUGGAAGAACUCCAGCAAGAAAAUGUGAUAAUUGGUGACAAGGAAAAAUUUGAGAAAAAGUUGAAAAAUCUGGUCACGGAUGGAAUGGACAAACUUCAAGUCAUUGCAGAUUUUGACGGUACUUUAACGAAAUCAAUAGUGGAUGGGAAACCUGCAUUACAUAGUAUAGAUGUUUUCAAGAACACAGCGACAUUGUCUCAGGCAUACCGGGAUGGCUACAAUGCUCUGGCUGUGAAACAUGGACCAGCCUAUGAGAACCCAAAUCUGAGUGUGGAGGAGCGGCAGGAAGUGUUGUACAGAUGGUGGGAGGACCACGAGAAUCUGUGUGCUGGGGAGGUCAUGACUCUGAAUGACCUGCUGCAGUCAAAUGAUAACAUAAAUACACCUCUCAGAGAUGGGUGUGAGAAAAUGCUGAGAUUACUUUCAGACCAUCAGGUGCCACUAAUUGUGGUAUCCGCUGGCCUAGGAGAGGUAGUCAAAUAUGUACUGAAAGAGUACAAACCGAGGGUGGUCUCAAACUACAUCACAUUUGAUGAUAACGGCCGAAUCAAGGAGUUUUCCAGACCUACAGUCAGUGUGUUUAAUAAACACAUGUUUCCGUUGCCAGUGGACCAGGAGAGGCACAAUGUGGUAUUACUAGGGGACUCCAUUGGAGACUGUAAUAUGGCUGACAGUGUUCCUGAUACGAAGACAGUACUUAAGAUCGGCUUCUUUAUUGGAACGGAUGAAAAGAAAUUGGAGAGGUACAAAAGCUGUUAUGACUUAGUUUUAGUAGAAGACCAGACAAUGUAUACAGUAACAGCAUUAUUGGGAAGGAUAGCAGGCCGCUCUUAAGAGAAUGGAGCUGCACACAUAACCUCACUUUUUUGCACCAACAUACCAAAGUAUAGUACCAGAAACGUACUUUUCUACACAGUAUUAAUAAUGCAGAGCAUUUAUUGAAUUUUCAUGAGUCUUAUAGUCAACAUUUGUAUUUUUCUGUUAUAUUGAAGUUUGUAUUAUAAAUUAUACAAAUAUUAUAUACACAUUUAAAAAUAUAUUUUAUUAUUGUGACUUAAAAUAUGGAUUGCAGGCUAUAUUAGAUUUUAAGAAGUACUUAAGUUGUUGCAAAAUGUGAAAAGAAAAUUAAAGAAAUCGUGAAGGCUUAUUUUUAAUCAAUAGAAAAUUUGAUUUUGUUAUGAUUUAUGGACCCCAUGAUAUCAGUUGAUCACAAUAUAACAAUUUUACAAUUGUUUAACUAAUAUAUGGUACCUUACCUUGCCAACAGUUCCAAUAUUUGUUUUACGUUGAUUUAACACUACAUAUCUCGGAACAAACGUUCUGUCAUCAGGUGUGUUAUGUGUCAUCAACGUAAGUUAAAAACACAUAAAGUAACAUUUAAUAAAACACACACACAUUCAUUAAAUAAAACAUACACAUGGUAAAUACUUUAUGAUACACAUAUAUAGUACCACACACGUACAAACGUGGAGCCGAACCGGCUGGUCAUCAUCGCAAACACUGAAGGCUGAAAGUUGGUUCUUAUCAACUAGAAUAUUAUCAGUUUUUGAUAAAAUAUUUAAGUGACAGGGCGUAUCUAGACUCCCUGUAAGAAUAUGAAAUGUACAUGAUUAUAAUUUUGGUAUAUUUCAGCCAGACUGUCGAGGAAUAUCUACAGUCACGAGAUGUUAAACUGAAACUGGUAAAAAAAUAUUAGUACCUAAUUUGGUACUUGUAUAUUUUAUUGAUCAGGUGGCUUGGAAUCCGAUGGAUUUCAGAACACUCAAGAAUCAAGAAUCAAGAAUCUGUUUAUCAAGAAUCUGUUUAUUGUCGUCCCACAAUAUUACAAUGCAUUGACAAAGUCAUUUUGUUAUACAUUUACACAGUAUAACAAGAUAGUAUAAAAUAAAAUACUUACUAGACACUUAUGGUUAAAAGUACAAGUCAAAAGGAAAUAAAAUCUAAAAGGCUAAAUCGUCUAUACUACACAGAAGCAUUUCAUCUAUACUAUAAAAGGCUUUUUCUUUUAACCACUUAAUUACAACAUUUUUAAAGUUUUUACAGGUAACAUCCUUAGCAGACAUAGGCAGCUUGUUAAACAGUUUGAUACCAAUAUAAGAGUAUGCGUGCUGAGUUUUUGUUAGUCUAGCGUGCUUUAGGUCAAUAAGGUCUCGUUGUCUAGUGCAGUAGUCAUGCUUAGAGCGUCUAAGUUUAAAUAAAUCUAGAUUUUCCUUAACAUACAUUAAGCUUUGCAAGAUAUAAAUGGAAGGAACAGUGAGUAUACUAUGCUUUAUAAAUAGUGGCUUACAAGAGUCAGUGACAUUAAAAUUAAACAUUAUGCGCAAAGCUUUCUUUUGGCAUGAGAAGACCUCCUUAGCCCCACCUGAAUUUCCCCAA